AUGGCAGAUCGUGUUUCUGUCGGAGACAGCCAACUAACAGGCCACCAUAGUUUAUAUCAAAGUUUCCAAACAAAUAGCAAGCCACAGCGAAAACCAUCACUUUUACAGACAGCCAAUAGCAUCUCCUGGUUUUCUAUAAAGGUUUCCAUAUCACUAGCAAGCAAAUUUACCCCAUCAGGUUUUUAUUCAACACCAGUUUCCAUUCAAAGAGCGAGUCACUGCAGACUCCAUCACUCCUAUCACAGUCCCCCCUCAACCUUUGCGCCCUCCAUUCAGAAAUCACCGUUUUCUGUGGAGGGUCCGUUGACUCCUCGACGAUCGUCAAUGUUUGUAAACACCGCGAUGGAGGAAGGGGAGAUCGCCGCGCCGGCCGAACCUGCCAGGAGAAAGGCUGCUACCACUGCCUCGCUCAAUAUCAGCAAGAAAAAUGCCACUCGGUUGAAGAGAGUAUCAUCCAUACUGAGAAAAAAACAUGACAGUCUCACUCCAGAAGAGAGACGAAUUCUUGAGGAGAAUUCGGAAUUAGUUGAACAAUUUUAUAAGAGGCGAGAGAGACGGGCAGUUUGGCAAUCUAGGAAGACAGAACAGGAAGAUUCACCAGAAUUGUUGGAAGCCAAGUGCGAACAACUUGCACAGGCUAUCCAUGAUGCUGAAUUCCUGGUUGUGUACACUGGGGCUGGCAUCUCAACUGCAGCUUCCAUACCCGACUAUAGAGGCCCUAAUGGAAUUUGGACAAUGUUGCAAAAGGGGUUAGACAUUGGGCACCAUGACCUCUCUGCAGCUGAGCCUACUCUAACACACAUGGCACUUUCUGCACUUUAUCACCAAAGCAUUGUGAGACAUGUAGUUUCCCAAAACUGUGAUGGCCUCCACCUCCGCUCUGGCCUUCCCAAGACAGCAAUGUCUGAAGUCCACGGCAACAUGUACAUUGAGGUAAGGAA